AUGGCGACAGUAGCGAAUCCACAAACUCCGCAAAACCAAACGACUAACAGGCCCGCUCGUCAAACAAGUAAGCAGUGUGCAUUGAAUAAAAACGCUUUAGACUGGAUCAUACAGUUGAUAUUUCAGCUGAUUAUGAUCAGGAUUAUAUACUCCUUGUUUAUGAACUCGAGAAGUAACGUAUCGACGAAUAAAAGAGUGGUGUUUACGAAAUUUAGGAGCUAUUUUGAGGAAGGAGAAGUAUUCGAUAUCUACGGUGUUGUGACGAGCGACGUGAGAAUAGACUUUGAAAACCUGGACAGCAGCCAGCUAGUGUACGUUAACGAAAAUAAAACGUACAAGUACAAGUUCAACAGCCCGUACGAGGCGAAAAAGGUGACGAUAAGACCAUCCAGUAAAUUUUUAAAGGACAUCAGAGAGAAUUUGUAUCUCACAGUGUUCAUAAUUCCACACAAGUCGUAUCUGUUUAAAGCAAGUCUGUUCUAUAAGAGUAAGUUCAAGGAGGGGUUCCAAGGACACUAUAUAGUAAAAACAAUACCUCUGACGAAGGUUAAAAGAGUAAAGAAAAAGGAAACAGUGCACCUGAUAAACACAAAAAAUAGUAAGGAGGAGGAGGAAGGAAGAGAAAAGAAGUUCUUCAUACCGAGACUGGAUAUAAACCUGGUGUACGAGCUGAAGGAGCUGGCACAAGUGAGGAACGACGUCUACUUCGACCAGUACACGAAGCACCACCAGCAAAGACUGUACGACCCACUGCUGCACCUGUCACAGUUCUGGGUGCUAGAGGAACACCUGGUGCCAAUCGAAAGCGCAGUAAACCCGGACGCGCCGGAAAAGGAAAUGAAUGUGAGUCUGGCUGAGCUGCUGAAGGAGGCAGACAAGAAGCUAUUCAUAGACGACCUGGUGGUAGGAACAGUAGGCUCAAAGGGAAGCAGCGGAGGAGAGUCGCCGCUGCGCAAGGAGGAGACGGAGGGCACGACAGAAGACCAAGUGCACGCACCAGGAGUGGAACGGACGAGCGGCCAGGAGUCGGAGUUGGAUGGUUACUACGAAGGGGAAGGGGAAGGCGCAGGCACCGACGGGGGGGAGUACGAGGGAGAGGGACCGCGAGAGCUGGAGCUGGUGGUCAACUACUCGACGUGCUCCUCAGUAUACUUCAUGCUGGUGAACAACAUGAACACGAACUCGUCGAGCCUCUGGGGACUGGACAACGCGAAGGAGAUUGAAACGCUGAAGAAGACGCUUAUGAACACUAACGUGUACUACCUGGUCUUCUCAAUGCUGUUCAUACUCCUGCACACGGUGUUCUCAGCAUUCGCACUUAAAAACGACAUACAAUUCUGGUAUAAUAACAAAUCAAUGGAGGGACUGUCCACAAUAACACUGGUGGUCAAUUUUGUCUCAGAGUAUAGUAUAGUACUGGCAGUAAUAACAAUAUUACAAAUAGUGAUUAUCGCAUUGUACAUAUACGAUAAUGAAAAGAGGUCGUUCAUUAUCAUGUUUGAAAUCCUCUUGAGCGUAGCAUCGUCGUUCUGGAAGCUGACGAAAGCAAUCAAAAUAAAAUUUAUCCCAUCGUACCCGUUUUUUCAAAUAUCAAGUGAAAUGACAAAGGUGGAGGAUGAAACGAGAGAGUACGAUAAAGUGGCAAUCAAGUACAUGUCAAUCAUACUGGCACCAUGCAUUGUCGGAUACGCAAUAUACUCACUGUUCUACAAGAAACACAAGUCGUGGUAUUCAUAUAUCAUCUCAGUGUUGGCAGGAUCAGUGUACACAUUUGGGUUCAUCAUGAUGACGCCACAACUAUACAUAAACUAUAAGCUAAAAUCAGUGGAGCAUCUGCCCUGGAGAGCAUUGGUCUACAAGUCAUUAAAUACGUUCGUCGACGAUGUGGCAUCGUUUCUGAUUGAAAUGCCAAUGUUACACAGACUGUCAUGCUUCAGAGAUGAUAUCAUCUUCUUCUGCUACCUGUAUCAAAGAUGGAAGUACAAAGUGGAUCCGAGUCGUAAUAAAAGGGGAAAUAAAAUAGAGGAGAAGAAGGAAACACCCAGAGUAGAAGACGCAACAGAAGAGUCGGAGAAGGAAGAAUCGGAAAAUGUGACUAGAUUGAAAGAAGAUCCAAAGUUAAAGGGGUGA